AUGGAGCAGGUAUGCCACACAUGCAGUCAUGCCUGAGUGUGUGUGGCGUCUUUCUCUUCUCAUCCACACACACACAGCGCUCCCUGUGUGUCGUGUGCUGUUCAAGCAGGUGCAGCACCAGGAAACAUUCGAGACCGAUGAUGCCAAAAAGGACAGCAACGCGGGAAAGGUGCGAUGAGCGAGUAGACUAACACUCACAAAUGGAAAAGACGGCGUAUACUUGUCGGUGUGUGUGGUUUGCAGCUGUCGGUCUUCUCCCAGGCCAGUACGGUGCUACCGCCACACGGCUACUUUCGGCACGGGUCAAGCUUCGUGACGCAAGUACAUGUGUCAUGUCACCACACCCAACCAUGAUAUGUAUGUCGCUCGCCACCCACUGGCUGUGUGUGUGCACUGCAGAAGCAGGGCACUCUGGACAGUAUCCCGAGGACUUCCACACCACCACCAAAAUGACCAUGAGCACCAGCCACGUAUGUGCAGUGUGCAUCAACACACGCACGUAGUGUACCGUCCCUCUCCCUCUCUCGUGUGGAUGUGUUUGCAGGGUCUGCGCGUCCAGACGGUGCCCUUGUUGCCCGGCGGACGCAUCGUCAGUGCGGUGAGCGCACCCACACGGGCAUACAACUAAAAUGAAAAUGAAUAAAUAAAUGGACGGAUGGAUGUGUGUUGUCGCUGCUGUUGCCUGCAGGUGUGUCUGAAGGCGAAGCACUACACCUAUGCGCUGCCAGUCCUCGACAAGCCAAUACUCGACGUCAUGCCCGGGGUAUGAAGCUAAUGUGCAGACAAAUGCGGGCCUCCACAUCAAUGUGUGUCUUUGUCUGCGUAUCGUAUGGCAGACACCAAUCGAGAGCUUGCUAGUGUACCUGUACGAGGGCGGCCGCAUCUACACAUUCCUCGAGCGGUUGCGGAUGAGAGUCUCAUCAAACACGACGUACAAACACAGCACAGCACAGCAGACAUAACUAACAGCACAGCACACCCAAGCCAACCACACACAUGGCUGGCUAUAUGAUAAAUAUGGAUGCAGGAGUCCCUCCCGACCUCACCAACACACACAGCCGACAUGCGCCAAGAUCAAGGUGACUGACCCAAGCACACACACCGUGUGCACGUCCUGACCUGAUGCUUUCCGCCGGUUGGCGACUGUCUUGUCUUGUCUGUAUUUGCAGAUGAGUUCGGACAGUGGUUCGAGGACGAGCGGAGGGGGCCCAUAUGGGCCUACCUCAUGAAGGGCGAGAGGGCCCUUUAAGAGCAGGACACCGACAAGGAAGCGGCAGGUAUGUGUGCGUGCUGUGGAGUGCAAGAGAUUGUCUGUAUGGGUAUUCUUUUGUGUGACUGUAUGCAGGCCACCGCAUGGAGCAGGUGCUGGCGUUUGGCGGCAUCAAGAAGCACCAACAGGACCAGCGCGGAGCGGGUCAGAGAUAUGGAGUCCAGCCACACAUGACAAACAGUGCACUCGUUGUGGCUGUGUGUGCAGGCCAGGGCGACACCACCAACGACACCACCACCAAGGACAAGCCAUCAAUGGUUCGGGAACAAAAGAAAAUCUGAAACAAGUCGGGUACCCAUUGCUGCUGUCUGCGUGUGUUAUCGUGUGUGUGCAGGGGGCGAUGGGGACGAUGUCGACAAAGGUACGUGAGCCAGAAUGGCACGAAGGGCAUCCAAACACUUUGACGAUCGUCCCGUUGUCUCCCAUGUGUGCAGGAGUCCCUCCCGGCCUCACCCACAGCCAAGGCCAAGGCCAAGGUAUCCACACUCGAGAGAAUCAGCAGUGUCGUGACGCACACAAGCACACACAUUGCCCCUUUGUGGCCUGUGUGCGGUUGGUUGGGUGCAGCAGGAGCAGCAGCACCGAGGCCAACAAGGUGACAUUGGCACGUCUACGCCAUUACGGUCAGGCUGAUGUGUGUUGUGUCCCUUGUGCAUUUACAGCCGAGUUCGCCCGCCACUUUGAGCAGCGCCAAGACCUUCAGGAGGGCGAAGGCGAGGGCGAGCAGCACGACGACGGUGGGUGCGGGGGCAAUACAUUAUCGACGAACGCAGAUGUGUUGAUGGGAACUGUGUGUGUGUGCGUGGCUGAUCCAGGUGAGGAGGCCCGCGAGGUGGCCGCCGAGCAGCAGCGCCGCCACCUGGCCGAGCAGGAGGCGGCCGAGGAGCAGCAGCGACGCGCGAUGGCCCACGAGGAGGAGCAGAAGCGGCAGGAGGGUGCGUAUGACUGAGUGACCAGACAAGGCCCCAAUGUGUGGACAAACACCCUGUCGACAUUCUCUGCUCGUGUGGUCUCUGUCUGUCUGUCUGUCUGUCCGUCUGUCUGCAGAGGAGGCGACUGACGAGCAGGACGACCAGCAGCAGCAGGACGACCAGCAGCAGGCGGCCCCCAUCAUGGUAUCAUCAACUCGACUGCACACGCGCCUCUCCCCAAUUGUCCCUCCCUCCAUGUGUGUCGUGUGUCAAUCAGAUCAACCAGCAACAGCAGCAGCAGGCGGCGCCAGUGCAGCCCAAGGUGUACAUGUACCUGUGGGGUCUAUCGUGGACAGAGCUGCGGCCGCCCGUGGUGGUGGUGAGCACAUUGUGAAUGCAUCAAUGGCUGAUGGGCGCGCGCAUCAACGCAUCUGCUCCCUGCUGUGUGUUGUCAGAGAACCACCAGACGCACAGUCGGCUACCGCCUGCCGGUGGGUGGAGUGACCACAGGAACUGCUCAGCAAUGGUGUCCGCAUCGCAUCUCAGCCAUGUUUGUUUCUCGGUGUCUGGUGUCUUGUCUGUCAGGCGGUCGGGCCCGUGCCGAUCCACGCCGCUACCCAUCGCCGUAAGAUGCCCCCUCCACACGCACACACAUUGUGUGGGGUAGAUUUGUGUCCGUCCCUUCUGUUUACGUCUCUCUGCGAGCAGGUCCGGUGCUGAUGAGGGCCUGCUGCCGAUGAGUAUGCUGUCCUGUGCUGUGCUGUGCUGUGUGGGUGGCUGUCUGCCUGUCUGGCUGGCUGGCUGGCUGUCUGUCUGCUUCCCGCCCUUCUCUCCCUGCCUGACUGACUGACUGACUGACUCACUCACUGCAUCCCUCAGUGCGUGGUUUGGUUUGGAUGGAUGGAAGUCAGCCACAUACACAUGUAUCACACUCACUAUCUCAGUCACAAAGGUACGUGAGCCAGAAUGGCACGAAGGGCAGCCAAACACUCUGACCAUCGUGCCGUUGUCUCCCAUGUGUGCAGGAGUCCCUCCCGGCCUCCCCAACAGCCAAGGCCAAGGCCAAGGUAUGCACGCUCGAGGGAAUCAGCAGUGUCGUGACGCACUCAAACACACACAUUGCCCCUUUGUGGCCUGUGUGCGGUUGGUUGGGUGCAGCAGCAGGCCCAGCCGGCCCACCAGCAGCGCCAGCAGGACGAGGAAGACAACGAAGAGGCCGCGGGUACCAUUUGAGUGUGCCUGGUCUCAGCGCGCCUGCCUCAUGGUCAUGCCCUGCCGGUCUGUCGUUUUUUCAGAUGAGUUCGCCCGCCACUUCGAGCAGCGGGGAGACCUCCUGCAGGCCGAGGGCGACCAGGACGACAACGGUGGGUGCAGGGGCAAUACAUUAUCGACAAAUGCACAUUCGUCGAUGGGAACUGUGUGUGUGUGCGUGGCUGAUCCAGGUGAGGAGGCCCGCUUGAUGGCCGCCGAGGAGGAGCAGCGCCGCCUCAUGGCCGAGCAGGAGGAGCAGCCCCAGUUAAGUUGGGUCUGUGUGUUGCUGAUGCAGCGUUCCAAAAGAAGAAGGCUGGUAAGUCUGAGAGAAACACGAACAUCCACAUACGGACACGUCUCACGGUGGCGGCUGUCGUGUCUGUCUGCAGACGAGGAGCGGGAGGCGGCCGAGCGCCGCGCGAUGGCCGAGGAGCACGAGAUGCGCCGCGCCAUAGAGCAGGAAAAGCGGCAGGCAGGUACGCAUGAGACAGUGACCAUAUCACAGUUGCAUUCCAUGUCUCCGUCUGUCUGUGCAUUCCGUCUCCCCGUCUGUGUUGCCAUUCAGAAGCAAAUCGCCGUCUACAUUUUAUAUCCUGUGACUCAUAUUUCAUUCGACUCGCGCCCUCGGCAUCUGCGCAGCUGCCCUGUUUGUACCUAUGGGAUCACGUGCCUGCAGCAUGAUGGUACGAAGGUGACAUUGGCACAUGUACGCCAUCACGGUCAGGCUGAUACGUGUUGUGUCUCUUGUGCAUUUGCAGCGGAGUUCGCCGAGCACUUCGAGCGGCGCCAAGACCUCCAGCAGGGCGAGGGCGAGCAGUACGACGACAGUGGGUGCGGGGGCAAUACAUUAUCGACAAACGCAGAUGUGUUGAUGGGAACACUGUGUGUGUGUGUGUGUGUGGCUGAUCCAGGUGAGGAGGCCCGCGAGGUGGCCGAGGGCCUGGCCGGUAUGUUUGCCAACACGUGCAGUACAUGA